AUCUAAAUCUCAAUAGUAUACCUGAAAAGAGUUGAGUGUCAAAGUGUAAAGGGCCUUUAGGCCUCCUUUUUAAAAUGCUUACGGGUAUUGUUUCGCAUUCUUGGCUAGUGUUAUUUAUUUUUUGUUACGCUUCAUGUGAAGAAGAACCCAUAACCUCUGCUAGAAUUAUAAGGCCUAGAUGUAGCGUUGAUAAAGACUGCAAAGCAAAUGCAUUCUGUUUUGGAAAUGACAACUACUUGCCAGGGCAUUGUAAAUGUAAAGAUGGUUUUGAAAUGUUCAGUGAGGGCAAGAAUUACGAAUGCUUAGAAGAAUUGCAAUUGGGCCAGAAGUGCGAAAAGGAUGUCCAGUGCAAAGUUUUGGCUGGUGCCUUGGCUGUAUGUGCUGGCGAUGACAUCGAUAAAUUCUGUUCUUGCGAUGGAUCAGUAUCACAUCGAGUCAAAAACCGAUGUUAUGAAACCAAAUAUUUGGACGAAUUUUGUCAGGUGGACGAAAACUGCCUGCUACCGGAGAGUCCCAUAGAAGAGUACAAAUUUGCAAUAUGCGAGUCGAAAUGCACAUGCCCAAUUGGUAUGACACCGUCCCAAAGCAAGAAACGAUGUCUCGAGUACAGAAAAUUGGGACAGAGGUGUGAAAAUGACAUUCAGUGUCAAUUAAAGACUAGCAACACAGUUUGUAGAGAGACCUGCACGUGUGAAGCGGGCUAUGUUCGAUCUUGGAACCUCAACACAUGUCUGAAAGCUGCUCUAAAAUUCGACGAUCCUUGCACAGAAGAUGCUCAGUGUUCUGCUCAUCUGGAAGAUUCAAUCUGUGUACAGAAGAGAUGUUCAUGCCCUCAAAACUUCCAUGGCUAUCUAGUCAAGUGUAGAGCAGAUGCCUUACCUGGUAAUGCUUGUUUCGACAUCGGCGAUUGUCUCAUCUUCAAAGAGUUGAAGGACAAAGUUGCUUGUGCCAGGGGAGUUUGUACAUGUCUUUACGGAAAAUCUUAUGAUGAUAACAUUUGUCUAUCUGGUGGAUCUUCUGGACUAUUAGGAAAUAAAGGCAUAACAGUGAUAUCUGUCUUUGUUGUUUUGUUUAUGACUUUAUCUAUUCACUGAGUGUUAGAUCAGUCAUUCUUUAGAUGUAAAAUUUGUUCGAAUAUUUUGAAACUUUUACAGAUAUACACUUUAAAAAUUAAACUUUUUGUAUUAA